GUCUGCGCAGGCGCCGCAGAACCGCGGAGCUUUCUGGGUAAAGAUGGAUGCCCACGAUCUCUUCCGCCGGCUCGGCGCUGGGGCCAAAUUCGACGUGAGACGCUUCUCGGCAGACGCAGCCCGAUUCCAGAUAGGAAAAAGGAAAUAUGACUUCGACUCUUCGGAGGUGCUGCAAGGACUGGACUUUUUUGGAAACAAGAAGUCUGUCCCAGGUGUGUGUGGAGCAUCACAAGCACAUCAGAAGCCCCAAAAUGAAGAGGUAAAAAAAGAGAGCCUAACUGAAAGGAAGAGGGAGCAAAGCAAGAAAAAAAGGAAGACAAUGACUUCAGAAAUUACUUCCCAAGACGAAGUUGCUACUAUACAGUGGAUAUCAUCUGUAGAAGCAAAGAUUGAAGACAAAAAAGUUCAAAGAGAAAAUAAACUAACUUCAGGAAAGUUGGAGCAUCUCAGAAAGGAAAAGAUAAACUUCUUGCGGAAUAAACACAAAAUUCAUGUCCAAGGAACCGAUCUUCCUGACCCAAUUGCUACAUUUCAGCAACUUGACCAGGAAUAUAAAAUCAAUUCUCGACUACUUCAGAACAUUCUAGAUGCAGGUUUCCAAAUGCCUACACCAAUCCAAAUGCAAGCCAUCCCAGUUAUGCUGCAUGGUCGGGAACUUCUGGCUUCUGCUCCAACUGGAUCUGGAAAAACACUAGCUUUUAGCAUUCCUAUUUUAAUGCAGCUGAAACAGCCAGCAAAUAAAGGCUUCAGAGCCCUGAUUAUAUCACCAACACGAGAACUUGCCAGCCAGAUUCACAGAGAGUUAAUAAAAAUUUCUGACGGAACAGGAUUCAGGAUACACAUGAUUCACAAAGCAGCAGUGGCAGCCAAGAAAUUUGGACCUAAAUCAUCUAAGAAGUUUGAUAUUCUUGUGACUACUCCAAAUCGACUAAUCUAUUUAUUAAAGCAAGAUCCCCCAGGAAUCGACCUAACAAGUGUUGAGUGGCUUGUAGUAGACGAAUCAGAUAAACUGUUUGAAGAUGGCAAAACUGGAUUCAGAGACCAGCUGGCUUCCAUCUUCCUGGCCUGCACAUCCCACAAGGUCAGAAGAGCUAUGUUCAGUGCAACUUUUGCAUAUGAUGUUGAACAGUGGUGCAAACUCAACCUGGACAAUGUCGUCAGUGUGUCCAUUGGAGCAAGGAAUUCUGCAGUAGAAACUGUAGAACAAGAGCUUCUCUUUGUCGGAUCUGAGACUGGAAAACUUCUGGCCAUGAGAGAACUUGUUAAAAAGGGUUUCAAUCCACCUGUUCUUGUUUUUGUUCAGUCCAUUGAAAGGGCUAAAGAGCUUUUUCAUGAGCUCAUAUAUGAAGGUAUUAAUGUGGAUGUUAUUCAUGCAGAGAGAACACAGCAACAGAGAGAUAACACUGUCUACAGUUUCAGAGCAGGAAAAAUCUGGGUUCUGAUUUGUACAGCCUUGCUCGCAAGAGGGAUUGAUUUUAAAGGUGUGAACCUGGUGAUCAACUAUGACUUUCCAACCAGCUCAGUGGAAUAUAUCCACAGGAUAGGUCGAACUGGAAGAGCAGGGAAUAAGGGAAAAGCAAUUACAUUUUUCACUGAAGAUGAUAAACCAUUAUUAAGAAGCGUUGCCAAUGUUAUACAGCAGGCCGGGUGUCCUGUACCAGAAUACAUAAAAGGUUUUCAGAAACUACUAAGCAAACAAAAGAAAAAGAUGGUUAAGAAACCAUUGGAAAGGGAGAGCAUUAGUACAACUCCAAAAUAUUUCUUAGAAAAAGCUAAGGAUAAACGGAAAAAGGUCACUCGUCAGAACAGCAAGAAGAAAGUAGCUCUUGAAGACAAAAAUUAAAAAACAGACUUUAAAAACAGUGUCCCAGAAAUGCAAUUUUAUGAUCCCAGCAUGAAUGUUGUUCUCAUGGAAUACUUGAAGUCUUACAGUCACCUGUACCAAACAUUUGAAGUCAGCUACAAGCACACGGACUGGUGAAAAAUGAUCCUAAACUUUCAAGUCAAUUUCAAUUUGUAGGUGCCUUGUUUUUUUUUCUUGAGAGAUGGGAUCUCCCUAUGUUGCCCUGGUUGGUCUUGAACUCCUGACCUCAUGCAAUCAUCAUGCCUCAGCCUCCUGAGUAGCUGAGAUUAUAGGCACAAGCCGCUGCACCUGUUGAUGACUUUUAAAUGAUUAUACAAUGGAAAUAACAUUCACUGACAUUUCUAUGGUUUGAAUCCAGAGAGUUACUUCUUAUAGAAGAACAAAAGUUUAUGCUAAAAAAUAUCACCCAAAUGUGGGGAACUCUUAAGGACUUUUCCCUUCCAAUGUGAAGGAAGGUGUGAUGAAUGUUAUGGAGAGGCAUCUGGAACAGAAAUUCUAAAUAAAGCCUUCACAUUAAAUAC